AUGGCUCAGAAUCCCUUAAAAUUUAUUGGUUUUCUCAUUAUUUGUGGUAUGUUUUUGACAAUUCUAUUGACCGCCUCAGUUAUAUUCAAGGACUUACCUUCUGAUAGCGUCAAGAAUUUACCUAAAGCUAAUAUUGUUGACGUUAAGCCUCCAAAUGCCACAGUUAAUUCUCAAGUACAGAAAGAUAAACUGCUUGGUGGCCUUCUUCCUUCAGGAAUUGAUGAAACAUCUUGUCUAAGUAGAUACGAAUCCGCCUUAUAUCAUAAAGAACUGCUUCACAAGCCAUCGUCUUACCUCAUCUCAAGAUUACGAAACUACGAGGCACUUCACAAGCAAUGUGGUCCUCAUACAAAAUUAUACAACAGGAGCGUGGAGCUUAUCAAGUCUGGCCAAUACAAUGGAUCAGCAGAGUGUAAUUACUUGGUUUGGAUUUCCUUUAGUGGUUUAGGAAAUAGGAUGCUAACUUUAGCUUCUGCGUUCCUAUAUGCUCUUCUUACAAAUCGAGUCCUACUCGUUGAUCCUGGAGUUAACAUGCCUGGUCUAUUCUGUGAACCUUUUCAAGACGUUUCCUGGUUGAUUCCUCCUGAUUUCCCUCUAUUCAAUCAGUUUAGUACCUUUGAUCAGAAAUCUCCUCGUUCCUACGGUUAUAUGGUGAAGCACAAUGUCAUAAGCAAUUCAUCGACUCUACCUCCCUACACCUACCUACAUUUAGCUAAUGACUAUGAUGAUCAAGAUAAAUUAUUUUUCUGUGAUCAGGAUCAAAGUUUUCUCAAGAAAAUCCCCUGGCUAGUCAUGAAGACAAAUAACUAUUUUGUGCCUUCUCUAUUCUUGAUCCCAUCAUUUGAGCAAGAAUUGAGUAAUCUUUUUCCCGAAAAAGUAACCAUCUUCUAUUUUGUAAGUAGAUAUCUGUUUCAUCCCACAAAUUCUGUAUGGGGGCUUGUAAAGAGGUACUAUCAAGCUUAUUUAGAACGAGCAGACGAAAAAUUAGGCAUUCAAAUUAGAGUCUUGGAGACAGAUGCCGGUCCUUUGAAGUAUGUACUGGAUCAAAUCAUCGAUUGUACAAUGAAGGAGAAUCUGCUGCCACAAGUUAACCGGUCCAGUGAGCCUAUAGUCUUCAACCAGUCCGCGAAGCAGAGGAAGACCAUAUCUGUCCUGAUAACUUCUUUAUGCCCUGGAUACUCAGAAGAGUUCCGAAAAAUGUACUGGGAGAAUCCCACAGUUACAGGAGAGAUAGUUAGCGUUUAUCAGCCAAGUCAGGAGGAAUAUCAGCAGAGUGAGAAUCUGUUGCACGAACAAAAGGCGUUGGCAGAAAUGUAUCUACUGAGUUUAAGUGACAAUUUGAUUACAAGUGCAUGGUCGACUUUCGGAUAUGUGGCUCAGGGUCUUGGAGGACUGAAACCCUGGAUACUAUACAAGCCUAAUGAGAACAGAACAGCACAUAAUCCGCCUUGUGUUCGAGCUACAUCAUUCGAGCCAUGUUUCCAUGCCCCGCCUAACUAUGAUUGCAAAAAGAUAACGCCAACAGACACUAGCAAAAUGGUUCCUCAUGUCAGGCACUGUGAGGAUGUGAGCUGGGGCUUAAAGCUAUUUGAAUAA